AUGUUCAGCCCUAUGCGAAGUAUACUAUCGGAGGUUCUGACGCCCCAGACGAUCUCAUUAGGAACGGCCCUUGUCCUCGCUAGCGUUGGCGGGACAUAUGCCCUAAAAGUGCGCAAUCGCCUUCGCCGGACAGACCCAGGGCAGAUUCAGUCGAGUCUCAAGCCAUCGGACUCAUUCAACAAUUCGCAUACGAUGCGAACGCUGGUGAAUCCACGGAACCAUGUUACUAAGGGAGACUCCCAUUCUACUAUCUUGGCCUUGUGCUCUAAAUAUGACACACCGUCGGAAGAGGAUGUACUAUCUGCAUUCCUGAAAGGGUUCUUUGCGGGACCAGUUUUCCUACCCGAAAGCAUAGCUCUCUCUCUUUUCAGCAUAGUGAAACUUCCCCCCAAGGCUACUACUUUAUGGGACACAUUCCAAAUCGCGGAUAUUGAGCUGUCCGGAAGCCAUACCGCCGCACCCACAGGAAGUAGGGUUGAUGUUGUCUUCGGAGACAGUCGGAGGGAGUUUGCCGGUUGCCAUCGAUUCACCGUUAAGAAAGUGGGCAAUAAUGGCUUCGACGAAGACGAGAUUCGGUUCUGCGUGAGUCUAGAGUGCUUGGUCUGCAACCCAUUGACAAAUAGACAAGGCGGUUCUGAUCUCUUGCAUUUUUUGCAUAACAAAUACUCAUACCUGCUAUACCGAGAUGCAUUGGCGCAUAUAAAAUGUGUAUAUGGGAAUUCGACUUAG